ACGCGUUUUAAAGACAGAUGGGUUGGUCAUAAAUGUGAGCUAACAGGGUUACCGCAAUCAGCUGGCUGGAUUAUUAAUAUUUUGCAGAAUGGGAAUAGCCGAUGAGGCUGACCGGACUCUGUUCGUUGGGAAUUUGGACCCACAAGUAACAGAAGAAGUUAUAUUUGAGCUGUUUUUACAGGCUGGGCCAUUAAUCAAAGUCAAAAUCCCUAAAGACAAUGAUGGAAAAUCAAAACAGUUUGCAUUUGUAAAUUUCAAACAUGAAGUGUCUGUGCCCUACGCCUUGAACCUGCUGAAUGGAAUUCGUCUCUAUGGACGGCAACUCAACAUAAAGUUCAGAGCCGGCAGCAGUCAUAUUAAUCAGGAAGGCAAAAGUCCCGCAAACUCUCAAAAUCCCAGUCCAGCAAAUACACCAGGUCACCGUGGUGGAAGAACCCCAGAGCAGAUGGGCUCUCCGUCCUACUCUCCUCCACAGCAUUUGCAAAGGUCUUUCUCGUCACCUGAUACUCUGCAAAGACAGGCGAUGAUGAAUAACAUGUGGCAGGUUCAGAUGCAGCAGUUGCAGCAGCUCAAUGGAAAUUUUCAGCAGGGAAUGCAGCAAAUGUCCAGUCCUGCAGACAGUAAUCACAGGCAACAAGAUUGGUCCGGACAGCGUGGUCAUCGCCACUCUCACCAGGACAAUAGCUAUCAUGGCAGAGAUCAACGGCAUGGCAACAGCGGGAACAACUAUGACCGGCAUCGACGCGACAGCCAGCGAGGUGAUUUCUAUCACCAUGAUGACCGCAGUGGAGGACACAACAGAAAUUAUCCUCCUGAAAGACGGAGAGACUCUAGAGAUGGACGAUGGAAACGCUUUUAGUUGCAUGUUUAGUUGCGUUUUAGUUUUCCUGUGAACUUUUUUUUUUUUUUUUUUUUUUUUUAAAUCAACUGUUUUAAUAACUUCGUUACCCUCUAAGAUUUUAAAAUUUUAUAUUUAGUGAAUUGAAUUUUGCUGUUAAAAAAAAAAAGGAUAUAAGAAAGUUAGUUACUGCUAAAAAAAAAAAAAAAAAAAAAGCACAAUUUGACAGAAUGAGGUUAAGGCAUUUAGACUGGAAAUUGUUAGUAGAGAAGCAAGAACAAAAAAAAAAAAGAAAACAGUAAUAAACUGGCCAUGUUGUGUGCUGGCCUUUUUAAAAAAAAUAUAUAUAUAUAUUUUUUUUUUAAUCUCAGGGGGACACCUAUGUUUAUAUAAUUGGUUUUGCUUUUGUUUUUAAGAAUUUUUUUUUUUUUUUUUUUUUUUAAACACUUCUGUAUAUACAACAAGAAAAUGUAAAAAGAACAAAUCAUGGUAGGUUUUUCUAGACUUGCUCUCUUCCUCUCUGAAUAUUUGUAAUUUCUCAGGAUUUCUCAUUAUGGAAAAUAGAAAACUAAUUUUCAGGUGCUUUAUGUUUGAUAAACGGUGUUUCACAUUUUUUCAAAAGCAGAUUUUUUUUGUUAACUUUCUACAUUCCUCUUUUAGGAUGAUAUUGAUUAACUGUUUAUUAAUUCAGCAGUCUUUGAAAACUUGGAACGAUAACUAGUUUUAAUACUUUGGUAAAUAUACCAUUUUUAUUGUCAAGUACAACAAUUGGUUUCAUAAAAGUCACUGUUUACAGA